CUUUUUCUGAGGAAUCUGAAAAAGAAAAGAAAAAAAAAAUGUUUCUUGAUUAUUGAACUUCUCCACCAAAAUGGGUUGUACCCAAUCAUUGUCCGUACGAGGUAGUUGCAGAGAUUAUCCACAGGUGAAUGAUUUAUAGUUUGUGGAGUUUGUAAAGAUUCAAUUUUUAUUUAGCAAGAAUGUCUGAAUCGGAGAAUGGGAAAGAGCUUAGGUCACUGGCCUUAACACCGACAUGGUCCGUUGCUACUGUGCUAACCGUAUUCGUCGCCGUUUCGUUGCUCGUCGAGCGCUCGAUUCACCGCUUGGGUAAUUGGUUGAAGAAAACCGAUAGAAAACCUUUGGUUGCAGCUAUGGAGAAAAUGAAGGAAGAAUUGAUGCUUCUUGGAUUCAUCUCUCUCCUCCUCACAGCAACUUCGAGUAUUAUAUCCAAUAUUUGCAUACCCUCGAAAUUUUACGACAGCACAUUUUCUCCGUGUACGAAAAAAGACGUCGACGAAGAAAGAGAAAAUAGUAAUUCAAAUAGUCGUCGACUUUUGAUGACCUUCUUUCGUUCUCAACCGCAGAGGCGGGUUUUGAACGUGCUGAAUCAAAAUACCUGCCGAGAGAAUUACGAGCCCUUUGUGUCGUACGAAGGACUCGAGCAACUCCAUAGAUUCAUAUUUGUUAUGGCAAUUACUCACAUUUCUUACAGCUGCUUAACUAUGUUGCUUGCGAUUGUUAAGAUCCACAGUUGGAGAGUAUGGGAAGACGAGGCUCAAAUGGACAGACAUAAUUCAUUAAGUGAAAUUACGAGAGCGCUGACAUUUCAAAGACAAUCGACUUUCGUCAGAGUUCACACAUCGAGCCCUAUGGAUCGGAACAGCUUUCUUGUUUGGGUGACUUGCUUCUUCCGGCAGUUUGGGCGUUCGGUGGUCCGUGCCGAUUAUCUUACCCUUCGUCAGGGGUUUAUUACGAACCACAACCUCACAUCAAAAUACGAUUUUCACAGCUAUAUGAUUCGAUCGAUGGAGGAAGAGUUUCAAAGGAUAGUUGGUGUUAGCGCUCCGCUCUGGGGAUUCGUUGUAGCUUUUAUGCUGUUUAAUGUAAAAGGAUCUAAUCUCUAUUUCUGGAUUGCACUUAUUCCCGUCACCCUUGUUCUACUUGUGGGCACGAAACUGCAACAUGUUAUAGCAACAUUAGCAUUAGAGAGUGCGGGAAUAACCGGGAGCUUUUCCGGACCUAAAUUUAGACCCCGAGACGAACUUUUUUGGUUCGAUAAACCCGAAUUAUUGUUAACAUUAAUUCAUUUCGUCCUUUUCCAGAACGCGUUUGAGCUUGCUUCGUUCUUCUGGUUUUGGUGGCAAUUUGGGUACGAUUCUUGCUUCAUAAAGAACCACUCCCUUGUCUAUUUUCGACUAAUUGUGGGGUUUGCGGGACAAUUUUUAUGCAGCUACAGCACAUUGCCACUCUACGCACUCGUUACUCAGAUGGGAACAAAUUAUAAAGCAGCUCUAAUCCCGCAAAGAAUACGAGAAACAAUCCACGGAUGGGGAAAAGCAGCUAGAAGACGAAGAAGAAGACUAGGCAUUUUUGCCGACGAUUCAACUAUUCACACAGACACGAGCACCGUCAUAUCAGUCGAGGAAUACAAUGACGACUAUAAUGAGUUGACCGAUAGUCCUCGAUUCUCGCUUCAAUCACGUUCGCAAGUCGAGCUCCANCCGACUUUUACUAAUACCGAGAUCGCCAUUGUAUGA